AUGAGCGAUGCCCUCGCAAUUCUCGACGGUGCCGCCGCACGUGUAUCGGCACUUCUGAUGCCAGAGGGGCUAGGCGCGUUGGUCGCCUUUCUGCGCGGCGAGGCGUGGGAGGAGAUACCGCACACCCACACUGCUGGUGCUGGUGCUUCUGCUGGCGGCGGCGGCGGUGGUGGUGGGGCACCGUUGCCGCGGAUUCCCAACUUGCUACUCAGCUGCUACGACUACAUUCCGCUGGCGAUCGCGGCGGAUGUGUCGCUCGUGUCGGUAUCAUCGUCAGGCGAGCGGUCAGCGCUAGUUCAGAACUUCGAGCGCUGCGACUUCCGCGUGUUCGCCGUCAACCUCAUGCCAGAGAGCCGGAACGCUGGGGAUUCCCUGCAGCAGAAGGGCUGGGGCCGCCAAAACAGCAGUAGUAGCAUCAUCCGCCUAAAUUGCAUGGAGGCGGUGCGGGCGUGGUGCGACGCGGUGUAUGCGGCGGAAGGUGGCGUGCACCACUCUCGUAGCUCCGCCGCUGCCGUGAAGCGCAGCCGUCACGAGACGGAAUCCACUGCUGCUGCUUCUGCGUGGGUUUUAUCAUCGACAUCGUCACCCCGCGACACGGCUGGGCUGUGUGUGCGGCGUGUCCUCUUCAUUGUGCGGUGCUGCGCUGACGAAAGCGGUGGCGGUAGUGGCACCGAACGAUCGCGCCCCCCCCGCGACCCGCUGUUGCUAUUCCUGCACGAUGUCAGCGCGAUGGCGGUGCUGUGCCGGGCCAGGCAAGCCUCACACCAGACACGUAUACGCUUUUCCGUGUUACUGCUGCCAGAUGACCUUGCGUACGGUGGCGCACUUCUAGAGGAGGCUCUUCGCGAGCCGCUGAGCCGCGACUAUUACGUGCAGCUCUUCCGUGGACCCACUGCGUGUGUUGCGCAGCGCGACAAUGACGACGAGAGCGCCGGAUUUCUUCACCGCCUUGAGGUGUGGUUAGGUGUGGCGACGGCCGCGCCCUUCGAUGACAGUUGUGAGCGUGCAGGAGGGUCACGGGACCAGCAGCUGCAACAAUCGAAUGCUGCAGCGGAGGAGGCUGCGCGCCGGCGUGACUCGAGUGUCUUCUUUGUGCGCCGUGAGAAUCUACCGCUGUGUUGUUUCCUGCGGGAGGCGCUGCGCCGCUUUCCGGUCUUGCUGCGCCCAACAGCCCUGCGGCAGCUGCAGGCACUGUGGGCCACGCGGCGCCAACUCGGCGACGUCGUGGUAGGCUUCCACACGCUGCUCAGCCCGUUUGCGCUCUCCUCGUCACGCUACCGCGGCGCCCACUCGCUAGCAGCGCCAACAGCAACAAUGAACAAUGGCCCCGACGCAGAGGACGAUGGCAUGUGCCGACUUGCGGACAGCGUGGAUAUUCUUAAUGCGCUACUUGAUGCUGCGGCUCAGUGGGCCGAUGGGCAUCCGCUGAACGAGGCCGUGGCAUUCGCGGUACUCUACGAAGACCUUGUCUGGCGUCGACCGGAGCGGCUGCAGCGUCUGGCAGGCUUGGUGGCGGUGCUGCAGCGUCUCUGGCAUAAAAGAAACGAUGGCGCUGGCCUCGUUUUCCAUGAGGCGCUGGCAUCGUGUGUGCCGCUGUACACACCCAGCAGCGUACUGAGUGACGUGCCGUGCGGCCAUCAUCAUGCUCAUCAUCAUCAUGAGCAGCAACAGCAGCCGCAAGCCGAAGAAACGACACGAGCCGUUGUUGUGCUACCCCCUGCGAUGGCGUUGCCUUCAGCAAAGGCGCCGCUCAUGUCGGAGUUGCGGCGAUCGGCCCUCCUGGCUGUGAUGCCACCUCAAGAGUCACUCGAUGAGGUUAAGCGUGCUGUUAGUUCCCUCACCAACAACAACCGAAGUGGUGACGGUGGAAAUGGCAGCGGCAAUGACGGUGGUCCUGUGGCUGCUAACCUAUGUGGGCUUGUGGCGUCUAACAAUUUCUUCAGCACGUCAAUCCCGGACGGCGUGCGGGUGCUGCACAUUCUCACAGCCCACGCGCUGGCCCACACAAGCGCCAGGCAGAAGUAUGUGUCCUUUUCUGUGCUGCGGCGCGUUUGUCAGCUCUCCGAUGAGGAGCUUCUGCGGGCGUUGAAGGAACUGCAGCUUGCGGGAAUGGCAUCGCUGAACGGGCGCGAGUUCAAGGCCCGCACUUUGCUGGACGGCUAA